CAUUUUUGUUUGUCCAAUUAAUGUAUGAAUAUAAUUUUCUGCAUAUUUAAUUAGUAUCCCUAUAGGAUAUUUCUAUUUUUUAUGAAAAACAAAAUUUUGAAGAAAAUAUCUCCACUAUGGAACAGGACGAUGAGAUAAAGUCGGGUUGUUUAUUGUUUCCCCCAGCCGGAGGAAAUAUGUUUAGUAAAUUUCCUAAAAAGAAAAACUGGCAACAAAAAUACUGCGUCUUGUUAAAUGCAAGUAAACAAGGUAUAGAACGGUUGGAAAUUUAUGACACCAAGGAUGACGUUACAACUGGUGCUAUUCCGAAAAUAAUAACCUUAGAAAAUUGCAUCAAAAUAACACAUUCUAGUCCAAACACUAUAACUAUUUUGACUAAGUCUCUCACUCAACAAAUAUGUGCUCAGUCAGAAGCAGAAACAUUAGAAUGGGUAACGGCACUACAAUCUGUUGCUUUUAGAGGAGUUUCGUCUAAUCCUAUCAGUUGUGAUGAAGAUAAUGACCUCUACUGUUCAUCAGGGGAAGGUGUGUUUUCUGUUAAAAUGUGUCCUUCAGAAGCUUCAACAAGAUGUAGCUUUGAGUCUAUUAGGUACCUGCUUCUUCUUACAGCAACUGCCAUAGAAUUGAGAGAUGUUAAUGACCAUAAGUUAUAUGCUACUUGGCCAUAUAGAUAUAUAAGACGUUAUGGAUAUAGACAGGGUAAGUUUACAUUUGAAGCUGGUAGAAAAUGCGAUACUGGUGAAGGCAUUUUCCAUUUAGAGCAUCCAAAUCAGUCAGAAAUAUUUAAAUGUUUAUCAUUAAAAAUGAAAACUAUGAAACAAAUGAUAGGAAAUGAUAACUUGCACAGUCCAGAACAUUCAGAGUUUAAUAUUCAACCAAGUCUUAACCUAUUUCCGGGUUCAAGAAGUCCAUUGGUGGCUGCUCGGCCCGAUGAUUUAAAUUUAAGUUCUCUUUCAUUCAAAACUCCAUCAAUAUCAAGUCAACAAAGUAUCAGUACUGAUAGAGACCAAGCUCCCCUCUUAAUGCCAAAACCAGCACUAAAACCAAAACCACAAAAACCACCAAGAAAAAUAGUAAAUAUACCAAAAAUAAGAGAAACAACAAGUUCUACUGAUGAAAGCAUAGACUUUGGUAGAUAUAAAAAACUUGAUAAUUAUGAACCAAUUGAACAAAUUAAGAAAGAGAGUCCUCCAUUAGUGCCAUAUGAUAAAGUGGAAGUGCGAAGUGAAGCUUGGAAAACCUUGGGUAUAGAUGAUCCAGAUCACACGGAAUUUACUCCUAAUUUGGGAGACAGUCCUAAUUGUAUGAAAUUAAUAUCAAGAUCACAGGAUAAUUUGAAUACCUCAGGACCAGAGACAUCAAGAAUUAUUUUAUUGCCCAGUCCUGUCAUUGAUCCUGAGGAUGAAAAUUACGAUAGAUUGCAAUAUUUUGGAUCAACAAGCAAAUUAAAUAAAUCCUCAAGAUACAAGAAAAUUGAAGCAAGACCUACAACAUUGGCUCUGAAUGAUUCAAAGAGCAAAGACACUUGGAAUGAUUAUGAUGAAGUUGAAAAUGUUAUGCAAACUGCAAGGAUGGCAGAUGAUUCUCAUUUGGGCUAUGGCAUGAUUAGAAAACCAAACACUCCUGGUCCCCAAGUACCCACUGCAGCACAGGCUCAAAUACUUCAAAACCAAAUAGGUUUAGAAGAUGUUACACAUAGUAAUUGUAAUGGUACUGAUUAUGCUAUUGUCAGCCGUCCUAAAAGAGUUUAAGGAGAAGAGAUUAAAACUAUGAAGACUGAAUGAAACAAUGAAUUUUACUACUGAAGUAAUAUUAACUCUUCUUAUUUACCAUAAACUUCAGUUUUACACUAUAUUAUAAUUAUUACAAACAAAUACAAUGUAAGUUUUACCAUUCCAUUACAAAUAUUCAAACCUUUGAAAGGAAUUUAAGCUAUUAUUAUUAAAUAUGUAUAAAUAUAUAUAUAUGUAAUAAUAAUAAAUCAUGCAUAUAUAAAACAUUAAUUAUUAUGUGUAAAAGAUGAGACUGUUCAACAUUCCUUUAUUGUAAAAGAUUAGUUAAAAACUAAAAUCCAUACAUCUACUUAUUGAAAUUGUGAUUUUAAAGUGCCUUUUAAUUAUAGUAUUAAAUAUUUUUAAGUGCAAAUCUGACUUAAUGUAACCCUUACAAUGUUGUUAUUGUAGGUUUACUUAUAAUAUGCAAAAGCCUUAUUGUAUUUAAUUUGUAAUUAACAAAGAGUUUUGUAGUUUAGGCUUUUAUGAAGUAUUAUUUUAUGUUAAGAUAUCAAAAUCUGAAACUGCCUUAAAGAUACUACAAAUUAUGUAUAUUUUUUAUAAUUACUAUAUUGUGCCAAUAUAUACAAUAAGCACACAACAGGUGCUAAAAAUUUAUGCACAAUUUAAUUUUUUUUU